AUGCGAUGGCAGGACUUGAUAGGAUGAAUGGCGAUAGCUUCCAAGUGCGGCAUGAGGAUUGAACGAAGAGGUCAGAAAAAAUUCAGCGGCGGCCCCGUCGGUGUUAAAAAAUGCAGCAAAACGCGUCUCACAUAAAUUUUUCGUCGCCUCCUUCCCGCGUCGCCGUGUGCUUGCCCGAUGCUCGACCAAUGGCAAUUUACCGACUUGUACAAACAGUCCAACAAACUCUGUCGAUUCUCGCCUGAUGGAAACUAUGUUGCCGUGGCAGUGGAAAAACAACUUGUUGUGCGAUCUCACCCGGAUCUAGGCAUCCUCCAAGUAUACUAUUGCAAAUGGCCCAUUGAUGCCCUGGCAUGGAGUCCAAAUUCGAAAAUGAUUUCAACCACCAAUUACGCCGCAUGUGAAUGCCAAUGCUAUACCAUGGAGGAUGUCGGCUGGUCAUGUCAGUACAAGGACGCGUCUCGGCCUAUUGCCCAUAUACGAUGGUCACCGGGAUCCGACGCGGUGAUGCACACCGCCUCAACAAAGGAGAGGCUACAUAUCAUGUCGUUGCGGUAUAACAAGCGGUUCAGCCAUAUCAAAAACGUCAAGCAUAAGGAUAAAGGAUACACAAGUAGUCCGGAUGCAAAGUGGUUUGCGUACUUGCGCCGACAAGACCUCAAAGAUGUCGUGUCGAUUUAUGACGCCGAAUCAUUUGAAGUCAUCAAGAACAUAGAACUUGAUACUGUCGAUGCACAAGAUAUAAUCAUAUCACCGAACGGCGGGUUUAUAGCAGCAUAUGAUGUACCGUUGCUUUAUAAAUUAUCAGUCUAUCGACCGGAUGGUACAAUGGAAGCGUCUUUCUCUGUUGAUGAUGGUGGUUUGGGAAUUAAAAGCGUCUGUUGGUCUCCGGACUCACAAUUUCUGGCUGUCGGUGGCUAUGACCAUAAGCUACGAUUACUAGAUACGUUUACGUGGAAACCCGUCAGCACAUUUACGCAUCAAACAAGGUACCCGGACAAUCCUGCACAGGAAAUCCUUAUUGAAAGAGAAGUGAUGAGUGGAACACCUCAUGCUGGUUACGAUAUCCGUCAUGGCAUCCAGCAUAUACCGAUGCUUCGGCCCGACCAUGAUAGGCCAAAUCCCAAGACGUCGAUCACGGCUAAAUUCAACAACCUUGGCAAUUUGAUGCUCACGACGAGUGAAACCAUACCUACCACAGCUUGCAUUUGGAACAUGACUACCAUGAAGAGCCAUGCUAUCAUUGUCCAACAGGAGCCUAUCCUGACAGCUCUAUGGAAUCCCAAGAUCAGUUCUUUGCUAGCUAUUUGUUGUGAGGGUGGCCGGUUUUACCUCUGGCAAGAUCGCCGGCAUGAAAAACACCGAUCUCAUGUCACAGCCAUCAACAUACCAGCAGAGAAAUUCUCGAUAUCCACUGUCAGAUGGAGUCCCGAUGGAAAGUCCCUGUUGUUGAUGAGCAAAGACAUGUUUUGUCUGGCAUGGCCCAUUGACAGCUAGGAUGCGCCUUUCCUUCUUUCACCACAUUAUGUAAUUUGAAAGUUCGUAAUACUGUAUAUCUUGAAAUAUUGUACAAAAAGUCUACGUAGUAAAAAAAAAAAAUCUAAUGGAAAAAAAAAGAGUCGUAUGCAGCCAGCCUUUCAUCGUCUGUUGAUCGGG